AUGACAACUUGUUAUUUAGCCUCCGGCUCAACAAAUGUUAAAAUAUGGGACUUGAGAGAAAUUGAUGGGACAACUCAGAAGGAUGGUACUUCUCCAACAGAAACAGCGACAGCCAACAACAAAAUGCUAUAUGGUGUAGAACUCGCUUCUUUUAUGCCUUUGAGCUCAACCGCUGUAAAUUGUGUGCGAUGGAAUCAUGAUAAUCAGUUUCUCGCCGUGGCCGGUAAUGAGAGCACGAUAACAAUACAUAAUCAAGAAGGAGCACGUAUCGAAUCGAUACCUUUGAAUAGUCUGGAAUAUCCUGACAUCAAUACACUUCGCUGGGCUGACAAAUCGCGACGGUUAAUAUUUGGAGGAUCAGAUAAUAUCGUGCACGAAUGGGACGUGGAAGAAAAAAAAUUUAGUAACUCAUUAAAAGGACACAGUAGCACGAUAAUAUGUCUGGAUUUGAAUAUUGAUGAAACAUUAAUUGCAAGUUCUAGUUCUAAUGGAAAUAUUAUUGUACACAAUCGACAGAAGUCUAGCGCAAAUAAUUUGACGACAGGAUUAACGAAUCAGCCGAUCAACACUCUUGAAUAUUCUUACUUUAAGCAAGGUUUGCUUGCAGCUGGUGGUGGCGAUGGAAAAUUACGAUUAUGGGAUACCUGUGUGUCCACGACAGCCAUUCGGACAUUUGAUAGUGUACAUCAUGAUUCGAUAAUGGGAAUUGCAUUCUCACCUCAUAAUUCAUCGUUCAUGGCCAGUGCUGGUCUUGAUAGAAGAAUUGUGCUUUAUGAUGUGGGGAAACAAGAGGAUGUGAAAACUCUAAUCAUCGAGUUUCCUUUAACGGCUUUAGCCUUCAAGUCGGAUGGGCAUACCUUAGCUGCAGGCACAGAUAAAGGUGACGAGCAUUUAGAUCGUAUCCUUCGUAAAAUUCUUGUGUAUGAUCUCCGUUCACUUAGCAAGCCUAUGUGUACGCUGUUGUGGCACGAACCAUGUCCAAUUCAAUCUCUUCAUUUUCAGUAUAAAUUACGACGCCCAACGAAUACAAGAACAAGGAGUCACACUCGUACGUCAUCUAAAGGAUCAACAUCUAGUACUGCUGCUGUUGCUCAUACUAGAUCAAGAUCAGUUACUACUGUUUCUUCUACCACCUCAGCAACAGCAAAUAAUCAGAAUGAAACGAGUGGCAUUAAAAGUUCAACUAUGGAUAGGCUAAAGGAUGAGCUCUCUGCUCUCAAGUCACGACCAUCUGAUCCUCCUCCCACUACCAUCACCGCCAAUGAAACAACGACAAUAAAGGACAGGAAUUAUAUGGACAUGUUUUCUCCCGUGAAAGAUAAUCAGAAUGAAGCUAAUGGCAUUAAAAUUUCAGCUAUGGAUUGGUUAAAGGAUGAAUUCUCUGUUCUUAAAUUACAAUCAUCUGUUCCUCCAACUACCACUACCACCACAACAAAUGAAACAACGAAGGACAAGAAUUAUAUGGACAUGUUUGCUCCUUUAAAAGAUAAUCAGAAUGAAGCGAAUGGGAUUAAAAGUUCAACUAUGGAUAGGGUGAAGGAUGAAUUCUCUGCUCUUAAAUCACGAUCAUCUGUUCUUCCCUCAAUUUCCACCAACACCAAUGAAACAGCAAAGGACAAGCAUCAUAUGGACAUGUUUGCUCCUGUAAAAGAUAAUCAGAAUGAAGUGAAUGGUAUUAAAAGUUCGACUAUGGAUCAGCUAAAGGAUGAGAUUGUGUCAAAGGUCAAAGAGAGUAUUGGAGAAUUCGCACGCUUGAAUGGAGAUUCUACAGAUCCUAUUAAGGGAGGUGCUGGUAUAAAUCAUACAAAAAAUAGAAAUAAUAAUGACACAACUCCAACAUUUCAAUACCAAGUAUUGGAAAAUAUUGUUGAAGAUUGUUUACAUGAAUUCAGAAUAUCAUUACGAAAUGAUAUACAAAAUAUGCACUUGGAACUACUUCGACAGUUUCAUAUACAAAAAACUGAAAUGGAAAUGAUGUUUCUGAAGUAUUGUGGGGAAUCGGUGGCACUUCGGGAAGAAGUUGAACGGAAUUUUUCAAAUCCGCUUGGCGUCCCAUUACGCGUUCAAGUCGUACGAUAUUUCUAUAAAUUUUCGUGCCAGAAUGUUAUAGGCUAA